AUGUCGCGUGAUAAGCGCAUUCUCGACGGCGCGCCGGACGACGGUGCCAGCGACCCGUCGCCCAAAAGGGCGCGCGAAGGUACGGAAUCACCACGUGAGACCGAUCAACCAUCGGUCCCUAGCAGCGUUGAUGAGGUUAACGUCCCCCGUGUCCACGUUCCCAAGACAAAGUACGCAAUAGCCUUCGGGUAUCUUGGUACUGCAUACCACGGCUUUCAGAUACAAUCUGGUCCGGGUACGGACCACGUCGACACGGUGGAAGGUUGCAUGCUGGAUGCGCUAUUCGCAGCUGGCGCCAUACAUGAGUCGCACCGCAACCUGAUGGGAAAGCUUCAGCUGUCUAAGGCAUCAAGAACCGACAAGGGCGUACAUGCUGCGUGCACAUAUAUAGGUGGUCGGUUCGAGUUAUCCCACCUUUCAGCUGGCGAACCUGAUGUUUCAAGGGAGGAUGCACUGGUGUCCAAACUGAACGAGUUACUUCCAGGCGACAUUAAGUGCUUCCAAGUGUUGAGGGUGACGCGUGGAUUUUGCGCACGGUCGAUGUGUUCAAGGCGCAGGUACGAGUACGUCUUGCCCGAGUGGUUGUUACGCAAGCGAUAUGUACUUGACAAUGAGUCUAAACGUGACCGGUUUUCGAAACUGUCUGAACAAAUGGGCGCGCAUUUGCAAUCCCACGAUCGCAUAAGCUGCAUCCGCGUAGGACACGGUCCGAGCAAUGGGUACGAGGGCACGACGGAGGAACGUGAACUUGAUGUGGAGGUGCUGGAGUCGAUUUUGCGCGCCUACUGCGGUUCUCACGACUUCAGGAACUUCACGCCGAAGCAGAAGGGCUUGGAAAACACCACCCAACGCUUCAUUCACGACGUUAAGGUGGAGCGUCGCACCGUUUCCGGUAGCGACGUCGUGAGCGUGACAGUGACGGGGCAGUCCUUUUUGUACAACCAGAUUCGCAAGAUGAUGGCCCUGGCGUGCGAGGUGUACCUCGGUACUGCACCUGAGUGUGCAAUUCCGUUCACGCUCUCCAAGCGCCACGUAGUGCAGACGGCGAUCGCACCUGCGGAAGGGUUAUUCCUCCACCAUCCAUACUUCGAUGCGUAUAACAAGCGGUGCGCGCCUCCUCAAACGCCGUUUAUCGAAUUCGAAGACGUAGAGUCCCAAGUGGAAGAGUUCAAGCAAUCUCGGUUGUAUCCCGAGAUCGUGUCUAGUUUCGAGGGCGAUGUGUGGACUACGUGGCUGUCUAGACUAGUACGUAAUCCUUUUUUCCUGGAGAAUAGUGAAUUCCGUGUGUCUGGGGAGCAGCCCACAGGCGCGAAGGGUACCGUCUCUCCCGUCGACGCCGCAGCGCCCGACCCAGAGUCAGGCGAAGCAGCCUAA